AUGGGAAGAGAUCCAACAUGUCUGCUUCGCCACUCAGUAAGGGCGACGGGGCCCUUGCUGCGCCCUACGCCCUCGCCAUGCCUCGCUAACCACUUCACAUCUCGUCAUCGCGCUUUCGGCGACGUAAAGCGGCCGUCCACUGCGCCAAAACCCAUCAUCGAUAUCCGGCACAUCAGAGAAAAUGCGGUUCUCUACGAACAGAAUUGCCUUGACCGUAACUAUACCGCCCAGAGCAAGAGCCCUGCGCGCAUCAAUCAAAUCUUUGCGCAAUGGCAAGCCCUGCAGAAGGAUAGUCGGGCUGUUCGCGAGCGGUCCAAUCUCUUGCGCCGUCAAAUUGCCAACCCAGCAUCGAGCCGUGACGGCGCCGAAUUUGUUGAAAUGAGCGAAAUGUCGCGCGAGGAGCUGCUCGAGGAGGCGCGCGUGCUCAAGCAGAGGCUCACGGCUGUUGAGCAGGACGAGGCACGGCUCGUUGAGGAAAUGGAGGCCCUGGCCCUGGCCAUUCCCAACCUCACCAGCGAAGCCACGCCCCUCGGCGACGAACCGAAUGUUCUAAGCUACAUCAACGAGCACCCAGCCGAGGCCCCGAGUUCAUCGGACAAAGUGUGGCGGUCCCACGUCCACAUCGGCUCGGAGCUGGGCCUGCUUGACUUCGCCGCCGCUGGCAAUACCUCGGGCUGGGGCUGGUACUACCUCCUCGAUGAGGCCGCCCAGCUGGAGCAGGCCCUCGUUCAGUACGCCCUUGCCGUAGCCACGAGACAUCGCUGGCGUCAGGUUGCCCCGCCCAGCAUUGUAUACAGUCACAUCGCCUCAGCUUGCGGGUUCCAACCUCGAGACCAGAACGGUGAGCAGCAGGUAUACAGCCUCGCACAAUCCGAAGCCGACGCAGAACGCGGCAAGCCGGAGCUCUGCCUGGCCGGCACCUCGGAGAUCCCUCUGGCUGGAAUGAAGGCCGAGUCGACUCUCGACGCCUCCGAACUUCCUAUGAAGCGUGUCGCCGUCUCGCGCUGUUACCGCGCUGAGGCCGGCGCCCGCGGCGCGAGCACAAAGGGCCUGUACCGUGUCCACGAGUUCACUAAGGUUGAGAUGUUUGCCUGGACGCCGCCAGAAGCUGACGAGACGAUUGAAAUUUUUCAGGAGAUGGUCGACAUCCAGACUGAGAUCCUAGGCUCUCUGGGCCUACACUGCCGCGUCCUCGAGAUGCCUUCUGCCGAUCUUGGCGCUUCGGCGGUGCGUAAGUGCGACAUAGAGGCGUUCUUCCCCUCCCGCCAGCAGCAAAAUGGCGGCUGGGGUGAAGUUACUUCCGCCAGCAUCUGUACUGACUAUCAGACGCGGCGGCUCGCUACGCGGGCCAAGAUUGACGGCAAGCUCAUGUUCCCCUGGACUGUCAAUGGUACCGCACUCGCUGUGCCAAGGGUGCUGGCUGCAAUUCUAGAAGCCGGGUGGAACGAGAAGGAAAUGUCCGUUUCUAUUCCGACUUGUUUGCAACCAUGGAUGGACGGAAAAGAGAAGAUCUUCAAGCAACCCAUUUCGUAA